AAAUUAAAUAAAAAAUAUCAUCUGGAAGUAAGCGGAAAGAAAGAAGAAAGAGUUGGCUGAAAGGAAAAAGGCAGAGCAAAGAAAGCUUACUUCACGAGCUCCUCCUCUCUUUCCAUAUCCAUAACUGCUUAUAAAGGUGAUGAUGAUGUAGUGAAGAGAUUGACUUCAAAACCGUUGGCCUAGCUGGAAAUUUGCUGAUUAAGUUUGUUGAGAGUUCACGGGCUUUAGCUCUACCCCUGUCAUCUUCAACCAACUGUUCGCCGUCAAUCCUGUGAUUAGCCCUUUCCACGUUGCAGGUUUUGAUCGGGGAUGGUGAUGACUGUCGAGGGUUUUAGCUAGGUAGCUGAUGAUAAUGCCAUUGCUUGCUUGUUGCUGAACAAAGGAAAUGGAUCGUGCGGCUCUGACAGUAGGACCUGCGAUGGAUGUUCCGAUCAUGCACGAUAGCGACCGGUAUGAGCUCGUCAGAGACAUAGGUUCCGGUAAUUUCGGGGUUGCUAGGCUCAUGAGGGAUCGGCAGACUAACGAGCUCGUGGCUGUUAAGUAUAUCGAGAGAGGUGAGAAGAUUGACGAAAAUGUGCAGAGGGAAAUUAUAAACCACAGAUCAUUAAGGCACCCCAAUAUUGUCAGAUUCAAGGAGAUCAUAUUGACACCAACCCAUCUGGCUAUUGUAAUGGAAUACGCAUCAGGCGGGGAGCUGUUUGAGCGGAUUUGCAAUGCUGGCCGAUUCAGUGAGGACGAGGCAAGGUUUUUCUUUCAGCAACUAAUAUCAGGUGUCAGCUACUGUCAUGCAAUGCAAGUGUGCCACCGAGACUUGAAAUUGGAAAACACAUUACUUGAUGGAAGCCCAGCUCCACGAUUGAAGAUAUGCGAUUUUGGGUAUUCAAAGUCUUCGGUGCUGCAUUCACAACCAAAAUCAACUGUUGGAACUCCUGCGUACAUUGCACCAGAAGUGUUGCUCAAGAAAGAAUAUGACGGCAAGAUUGCAGAUGUGUGGUCUUGUGGGGUAACCUUGUAUGUAAUGCUAGUUGGAGCUUACCCUUUUGAGGACCCUGAUGAGCCUAAAAAUUUCAGGAAGACAAUACAGCGAAUAUUGAAUGUUCAGUACUCAAUACCAGAUUAUGUCCACAUCUCCCCAGAAUGCCGUCAUCUGAUCUCAAGGAUCUUUGUGGCUGAUCCUACCCAGAGGAUAUCCAUUCCCGAAAUCAAGAAUCAUGAGUGGUUCCUGAGGAACCUUCCUGCUGACCUCAUGGAUGACAACACCUCAAACAACCAGUUCGAGGAGCCUGAUCAACCCAUGCAGAGCAUAGAUGAAAUAAUGCAAAUAAUUACAGAGGCUACCAUCCCAGCAGCCGGGACUAACAGCCUCAACAAUUAUCUUACUGGAAGCUUAGACAUGGAUGAUGAUGAGGAUCUGGGGAGUGAUUCUGACAUCGACAUUGAUAGCAGUGGAGAAAUAGUUUAUGCAAUGUGACAGACGUGCAUCUAUAUAUAUAGCUGUGAGUGGGUGUGAAUAUAUUUAAAGGCAAACUCAUGCACUCCAUGUCUCCAUGACUCCCCUUUUCUAAAACUCUGUGUUUGUUUUUUGUGGUUUGUGUAAUGUGCAUUUUCUCUGUACACAUACCAACAUUGUUGUAGUGCUUUCAUAUGUCAUAUACUUUCUCUUUUGUAAUUGAACAAUAGCUCUAAAUCUCUAAUUCCUCCCUCCCCCGAGGGGGCUUCUUUUACUGGGUGUGCAUUUACUUUUUAUUUAUUCCCGAUUUCCCUCUUAAUGUAAAGGGGACAGAAUUUAAUCAUA